GAAACUCUGUAAGUUUUGAAGGCUCGCAUUUCUAUAUUCACCUGUUCAAUUUGCUCAAUGUAUCUCUUUUCCGUCUUCCCCGGCGGCGACGGAGCGUCGGAACGGUCUGAUUCUGAGGAGGAACAUGACGACGGCGGUUCGGUUUCUAAUAUCUCCAAUCCGAGUACUAGUUGGAGCUUUGGUGGCCUCAUUAAGACUCUCGCGACCAAGUCGGAAUUUGUAAUUUCGAACUACCGCCGUGAUCUUGAGGAAUUAGGAUCCGGUUUGAGGAAGGAGACGUCGGUGAUCCGCGAAGUCGCAUCGCGUGCUGUGAAGGAUCUUCCGACGACGCUUGAUGUCGGCGCGUCUGUUGUGCAGGAAUCGCUGGAGUCGGUCGGCGAAGCUAUAGACGAUAUCGGAAUCGCCGUCUGGAAAUCGACGUCGAAGAUUAUCUCACAUGGUAGGGAAACGUUUUUAGCUUCUGAUCUUGUUUCUGAAAAGCAUGAAAAUAGCAGCGAUGUUGUUCUUUCGUUAAAGCAAUUAGGAAGUAGCACGACUAGAAAACUUGAAUUCAAACAGUAUAAUAGGUUCAAUACGCAAUUAAUUGCGGUUCAGCGUGACCUAAAUACAUAUUUGGAGGAACCUAAGGAUUUAGAGAAUUACAAGAAUUGGAAAUUAGGAUUCGUAUUGGAAGUCAAGGAAGUGGAAAUUGAUAAUUUGGUUAAAGAGAGUGAUGAUGUUCGGGAGACAUAUCGGACGGUUGUUCCAAGCACCAUCGUCCAUUAGGUUUGGAGUAGGUAUUUUUACAGGCUUCACAAGCUAAAGCAAGCAGAAGAAGCCAGAGUUAAGCUUGUGAAGAGAGCCAUUUGUGCAGAAGAUGAGGAAGAUUUGAGUUGGGAUGUAGACGAAGAUGAUGUAAAGGAAGGAAAUAUUGAAUCCAGUGGAACUCUUGAUGCCAAAACAGGAAAGGGAAAUGUGAAGAUUGAUAGCUCAGAGAAAAUGGCUAUGGCUGCAGAUGGAAGAGGAGACAGUGAUGAUUCCUGCAGAGAUAGUGACAUUUCAAUCAUUUCCAGUGAGCUCGGGGAAGAGGAAGAACUUGGAUGGGACGAAAUUGAAGACAUUGGAAUCAUUGAGGAGGCCAGAGGCAACAAUGAACAAAGAAUUGGUUUGCACAAGCGGCUAAUUAUGGCAGAGGAAAAGGAGGAUCUGAGUUGGGAAAUUGAGGAUGAAGAUGAACCUGCUAAACCGUGAAGAAACAACACACUUUUAUUCAACUUCCAGUUCGUAGAAUCCAUGAUUUUAUCACAUUCACUUGGAAGUUGACAAUUUCUCUUGCAUCGAACAGUGGGUGUCAUCUGUUUGCAUCAGCUGAGGUAUUGGGUAUCUUGAAAACUAAUGUAGAUUUGUACGAUCAAACAAAAACGUUUACAAAAGAAAUGGUAGCUUUGUUCAGAUAUAGAUUGUAAGUAAAGAGACAAAUGGAUGGGAGGAAAGGGAGAGGUUGUAAAAAUGGUUAACAAUCCAUACAAAGAAGGUUUUGUAAGUUAUAAACUUAUUGGUUAAAUAUUCUUAAAUCUUUUUUAAAAUAGGGUUGGGAUGAAUUCUAACAUUAUUUUCGAGUUAAUUGAGUGGUAAAAAAAAAAAUGUAAAUUUACAAACCAACUUUUUGGUUUUCAUUGAUGACCUUAUGUACCCACCAGAUUUUCAUCCGAAGAAGAGUGGCUAUGGCGGCUGAAAUCGAUUUCCCACUCUGGAGAUUCCCAACCCAGAUGAAAAUGAGCUCAAUGCGAAGAAGAGUUAAGUUUCAGAGCGAUUAAGAAUCCGUAGGGUUUGUAAAUGGAGGAACCGCUUCACGCCAUUGCUCAAACAUUUCAGAGUGGGUCGGUGGAUGGGCAGUUGCAGUCUGGCAGAGAUGACGACAAAGACGACGAAGAUGCUAUAAUCAACCUCCAUUGUUCAUGAUUGACACUCUUUUAGCCCUUGGAUCAAGACACCAACCAGAUCGCUACGGUGUCUGAGCCUAUUUCAGAGUGUCGCGAUUAAUUGUUGGCCUAGCGCAUGGUCAAGCCCUAAGGGGCGAAGGUUGAAGAAGGCAAGGAGCGUAGCCGGACGGAGAUGGAGAAAAAUCGGCCGUUAACGGCGCUACCUUGGGUCAAAAUGUAAGCAUAAGAAAUCUCCGGGAGUUUAGUACGUUGUAAAAGAGAGAAUUGGGACGGAGGUAUGGCGUCUUUGCAAUCUCGUAACUCCCUGGUUCUCUCUCUUCAUUGAUGGACAAGCUUUUGGGCGCUAACUUGACACAUCUUACCAGGAAAAUGGUGGAGUUCUGUUUCGUUAUUUGAGAUCGAUCCCUUGGGAAUAUUCUAAUAGAAGAAUGGUACUCCUGAGCUCACAUACUGCAAGCUUGUUUUGGUAAAUUUAUCGACUUAGAACUUUGCCCACAAGACCAAAUAUGAUUCAUUGGCUCUAGACCUUCAAUGACAGUUUCUGAGCAGCCAGUGCCUCGGCUUCAAGUGUUGGCUCCCAUAGUAGUGUUGUUUCUGCCAGCAGUGAGGUCACGACGUACGGGUCCAUGUUUGAAGCAGGACGUCGGUCUUCCAAAUAACCUAUUCCAUGAUAACAUCACAAGAACAGAGUAAAAUCAAUGAAUUUUGGCCUUCCUGCAUACUCAAAGACAAAGCUAAGGCCUAAAAUCACUUGGAAGGAGAAAUUUUUUUCUUCCUGUAAUGAUGUAACAAAUACCUUUGCCUUGCUUCUCAGUGUCACGUCCCACACGGAUCGAACAGCCACGGUUAGCCACUCCCUGCAGUUGGAAUUUUCAGCAGAAUUUUCAAACAUGUCCCAAACAUUACUGUUCAGUACAAACAAGUGUAGCAGAUCUUAGUACAUACCCA